CAAUAAUACCGCAUUUAAGCUUAUUUUAAGCACUAAUGUGGAACUGAAAAGAGGAGAAAAAGGGUACAUCUGAAGCAAAACGUUUCCGAAGUCUAAGUUACAUACUGGAUUUUUUUUCUUGCCUCGUCUUCAGCUAGCAAUGGGAAGAUGAGCAAGCUAGCAAGGAGGAUGCUAACGUUAAUGGUGAACCAUUGGCUGGUAGGACUGCUGCUGGCAUUCCUAGAGGGUACUGGAGCUUCUCCUGGGUAGCUGAGGACGACCUGAGCUUUUCCAACGUCGCCGUGCCCAUGUCAGAUCACAGAUGUCCUGGCAAUAGCAGAACUUGUGACCAGCACCUGGAGGGUAUCCCAGAGUUCACAUGGAGCAUUGUGGCUGCCGGUGACCUGCUGGAGGAAAGAAACGAGAAAGCAAAGAAGUCAGGAAGUCCCCAGGGGUGGGAGGAAGGUCAGUUCCUCUGGGUGAACAGUUCAGCCUUUGGUGGCCCCUGGGUGCUGAGUCCUUGGCUGGGGGGAAGGCAGGGUCCAUGCAGCCUGGACAUGGCUGUGUUCCUCCACCCCAAGCAAAGUGGGCAAUAUACCAUAUGGCUCAUAGAGCGGGACAAACCGCCACUUGCCCUCUUCUCCACUGACACCUUGCCGCGCAUCACAGGCUGGGCAGUGGUCCACCUUACACUGGGGACCCACGGAGGAUCACCUUUUCAGGUGUCAGCCAGCUAUGAUCAGCGGAUUCCACAGGAUGACACGGCCACCAUCGAGCCCCACUUUACCACCAACUGUACCAUGGAGUCCUCACCCGGCCCGAACAUCACACUGGAGGGCAAGUACCACUGUCACCAAGGACCUGGGAUCCCACUGGUUAAACUGUGCGACUUCAGUGCAGACUGUCCACUCGGCGACGACGAAGGCGACCUAUGUCGCCACUUUCUCAAUGGCAGCUACUGCUCUUUUGAAGAGGGCGAGUGCAGUUGGCAGCCAAUAACGGGCCGUGGUCUCUCCUGGAGACGACUCCUGUCACCAGCCAAGGCUAACAGACAGAGCUGCCCAUCAUCAGGUGCCACAUUCAGUGUGGACGGAGGCCAGUCCAAAGGCCCGCGUAGCUCAGCAUUACUGAGGAGCCCUCUCUUCCCUCCUCCUCUAAGAAACUCCCCAUGCACGGUGCGAUUCUGGCUGUGUUCUGGAGGCUUACAGAAGGGGUCGCUGUCUCUGUGGAUAGUGAAGAACAGUACAGGCCCUGAGGAGCAGCGCAUGCUGUGGCAUUCAGCCAGUGAACCUAAAUCUGAAAGGGGGUGGAAACUCGUCAUAGUUCCCCUUUACGGCCUGGCAGACUGGUUCUGGCUGCAGUUCGGCACAGAAGAUGGACCUGGACCCGGUUCAACCAUCUCUCUUGACAACAUCUCUUUCAGUAUGGACUGCUUCCUGGCAUCCAAUGGCGAGUUUCCACCAGUGGUCACCAGCACUACAGGGCUGCCGUUUAGACCGACCAUCAAGACUACACCCCCAUCCAUUGGAAGCCCUUUAAUGAACCCCAUCGCUGAUUACCCCAAAAAAUGGGUUUUUCAUACCUGUGGGGCUGCAGGCCCUGAAGGCCCAACUCCAACUCAGUGCCUCAACUCCUACAGAAACAGCAACGUCAACGUGACAGUAGGCACCCGAGGACCCUUCAAAGGCUUUCAAAUGUGGCGGGUCCAGGAAACUGGCACCUACAGGAUCACAGCCUAUGGUGCAGCUGGCGGUCGAAGCGUAUUGGCCAUGAGCAGGUCACAUGGUGUCUACAUCACAGGAGACUUCCUGUUGAGGAAGGGAGAGCUGCUUUAUAUCCUGGUGGGACAGCAAGGAGAAGACGCGUGCCCCAAUUCCAACGGCCUACUGAAUAAGAUCUGCCUGGAACAGAGCGGCCCGAUGGUGAACACUCAAGUGAAAGGGGGCGGAGGAGGAGGCGGCGGGGCUACAUAUGUGUUCAAGGUGGACAAAGGAGUGUAUAUUCCUCUCAUCAUCGCUGCUGGGGGAGGUGGCCGGGGGUACAGCAGCCAAUCAGAGACCCAGCUGGAGCAGAUGGACUAUGACCCCAGCCAACCGGGACGCAAUGGGAAAUCAAGCGCUGCAGGUGGAGGCGGAGGUUGGAAUGACAGUGCUUCUGUCAGUCAAGGUGGCAGACCGCUGGUGUUGGGAGGCCAGGGAGGGCAGGCCUGUCAAAAGUUCUGGCAGACCCACGGUGGCUUCGGGGGCGGCGGGGGUGGCUGUCUGUCCGGGGGUGGAGGCGGAGGAUACAGAGGUGGUAACACCUCCACAGAUGACAACCCCAAACAUGAUGGUGACGAUGGCACGUCCUUCCUCAGUCCAGAGGGAGAGCCCUUCCUCUAUCCUCUGAAAGCUAUGGAGGGGGAUGGUGAGGUGAUCAUCAGUCCGGUGCAGAACUGCAGCCAUUGUGAGAGCGGCGAAUGCCUUGAGAUCAAGGGCAGUAUCUGCUACUGUGAGGAUGACCUCAUCCUGGCUCCAGACGGGGUGUCCUGCAUCAACGCUACAGUGGUGUCCCUGCUGCCUGCCCAGCCGCCUCUCUCCCACCUGGCGCUGGGUCUGUCUGUGGGCACAUCGGCCCUCAUCGCCGCCCUGCUGCUGGCUGUGUCCGGAGUCAUGAUAAUGUACAGGCGUAAACACACAGAGCUGCAGUCUAUUCAGCUGGAGCUGCAGAGUCCAGACUGCAAGCUCAGUAAGCUGCGGGCCUCCACCAUCAUGACCGACUACAACCCCAACUACUGCUUCGCCGGCAAAACUGCAUCGGUCAACGACCUGAAGGAAGUACCGCGACGUAAUAUCUCUCUCACCAGGGGCCUGGGUCACGGUGCUUUUGGUGAAGUCUAUGAAGGGCUGGCAGUGGGGAUACCAGGUGAACAGAGUCCACUGCAAGUUGCAGUCAAGACCCUUCCUGAGGUGUGCUCUGAGCAGGAUGAACUGGACUUCCUCAUGGAGGCUUUAAUCAUCAGUAAGUUCAGCCACCAGAACAUUGUGCGUUGUAUAGGUGUCAGUCUGCAGGCCAUGCCCAGGUUCAUCCUGCUGGAGCUGAUGACUGGAGGAGACCUCAAGACCUUCCUGAGGGAGACCAGACCCCGGCUGGAGCAGCCAUCCAGCCUGACCAUGGUAGACCUUCUCAACGUGGCCAGAGAUAUUGCUAAGGGCUGCCAGUAUCUGGAGGAGAACCAGUUUAUACACAGGGACAUCGCUGCUCGGAAUUGCCUACUGACCUGCAAAGGACCGGGCCGCGUGGCCAAGAUUGGAGAUUUUGGGAUGGCUCGAGACAUUUACAGGGCAAGCUAUUACAGGAAGGGGGGGCGUGCCAUGCUGCCAGUGAAGUGGAUGCCACCUGAAGCCUUCAUGGAGGGCAUCUUCACAUCUAAAACGGACACGUGGUCAUUUGGGGUUCUGCUGUGGGAGAUCUUCUCAUUGGGCUACAUGCCAUAUCCAAGUCGCAGCAACCAGGAAGUGUUGGAGUUUGUAACCAAUGGCGGAAGAAUGGACCCACCUAAAAAUUGCCCUGGGCCAGUGUACCGUAUUAUGACUCAGAGUUGGCAGCAUCAGCCUGAAGACAGGCCCAACUUCUCAACUAUCCUGGAGAGAAUUGACUACUGCUUACAGGACCCUGAUGUGGUGACCAUGACCCUGCCUGUAGAGUAUGGACCCGUCCCUGAAGAGGAGGAGCGUGUACCCAUGCGCCCUGACGACUCCUCAGCUCCAACUGUGCUGGUGAAUGCCCAGGUGCCUGAUGGGGAGGCUCCACAGCCGCCCCCAUCUUAUCCUACAGAAGAGACCAGGAGAGGUGGGGAGCACACUGUGGUGACUAGCGUAGCAUCGGAGGCCAAAGCCCAGACGUCGGCCCAGGCCCUGCCAUACCUCCACCAGCAGCCUAACACGCAGACCUCCAUCACCAUGACUACCACAAACACAGUCACCUCCACGGCCACCUCUGCACUCACUGCCAAGGGACCUCAUGUCACCACCCAGCCCAGCCCUGAGGGGGGCCACAUCAACCUGGCAUUCACCCAGGGCUACCCGGCAGAGAAGGAGGGCCACAACGGGAAGAACACCAGUCUCUGGAACCCAACAUACGGCUCGUGGUUCCUGCAGCAGAGGAAGCAGCAGCAGCAGAGGCAGGGAGGGGUGGGGGGAGCAGGAGGGAGCAGCGGCAGGGUGCCUGGCGAGGGGCAGGAGCAUGUGGGCCGGACUGUGGCUGAGGUGGCAGGGGCGCUGGGUCUGCAGCACCAACACCAGCAGUUCCAGCAUCAGCUCCAGCAGCAGCACCAACUCCAGCUGCUGCACCAGCAGCAACAGCAGGGUCUCUGCAGACCUCUGUUACCCCCGCCGCCACCUCCUGCCGCCCAGUCACCCCUGCUCUUAGAUUCGGCUGCCUUGCCCCCGGUUCCCCUCUACAGACUGAGAAGAUUCCCCUGUGGGAACAUCGGUUACGGCUACCAGGAGCAAAGCAUGCCGCUAGAGGCCGCCCGCGGUAACCCCAACCCCGCUCCUCCACCCCCUCCACUCCAGCAGGGCACUUCCAUGCCCUCCUCAACAGCCCAUCAGAGGGGCGCCCCCAUUCCCACCUCAGUGUCCCUGGGUCGGUCGGGUAUAUCUGAGGACAGCCGUCCCCUGCUUGUCACCAUGGGGACAGUACAGGACCCCAGGCUGCCCAGGAUGGAGGGCCAUAACGCCACUGUGCUUUAGCCCAAAUGCCUGAAUUGCUGGUCCUUUUUUUUUUUUUUUUAGGACCACGUCUUUGGAUACUGUGUGUUCAGGACACAUAGCACGAGACACUGUGUCAGGACAGAGACAGUUUUCCACCGCCCCAACUCUCCCACCAUUUUGGAUUAUUUCCCAGUCUGGAAAGAACCAUCUCGCUGAAACACAGCUGGAUGAGUCUGUCAGGCUUUUCCCAUGAGAACCCUGGAGGUGUUUAAAAUCCCCAAUGGAUGCUAAAGCACAUCAGAGAACUAAAAACGCUUUGGGAGGCAAAAUGUAGAGUAAAGGCUAGUUUUAAGAGUUUAAAAAAAUUUAUUUUUUCAACGCUAGAGGGGCCAUAGCUGAGUGAGAAUACUGAGAAAGAGUAGAGUUUCUGGCACAGGAAGCCAUGGGGGCAACUUUCCAUCUGGAGCGAACACAUAUGCCAUGUGAUCAUUGAUAGCUGAGGAUGUCUUUGUCUAUGAGAAGGGACUAGUAGGCGGAUUCAAAUCUCUAUUUGCCAGGCCUGAGACUUUUAGUCACAAACUCUAGUGACCAGUUUGACUGCAGCAACUGUGAAGUUGUCUUCAGCUGCCAGCCACAUGUGUCAGUUCUCCUGCAGAAUCCUCACAAUCGUUCCAUCGUAUCCACAUUCUUUUGGGCAACAUAAAACUGUAUCGGACUGUUUUUCAAGAAUCUCACAGAAUUGGACACUGGAUUACCAGAGACAUUUAUACAAAAAAAUACUGGGAGAAAUGUGUUUGUUGAUGUUUGCUUGCCUGCUUGUUUAUUUAUUUAUUCUUUUGUUUAUUUAUUAUUUAGAAGUGGCUCUAUAAAUUAUUCAUGAUCAUGGUUCUUCAAAUCCAAACAAAUUCAUUUUACACCAACUUAUAUUCACUUUAGCUUCUAGGUUAUUUUUGGAGAGAGAAAGGAGAUAUUGAACAGUCACAAAAACGUAUCAACUCUAAAUAUGCUGAACGAUUUGUUUGAACACUGAUAUGCCAAAUCACUUUAAGGUGGAGUAGAUGGAUAACUACAGCACUGAGGCAGUUUGGGGAGAUGGUUUGACAAAAGAAUAGAACAGAUUAAAGACAAGCCACCCUCAGCAACAUUUAAGAGUUCAGCUUUUUGCUAUUGCGGAAGAUUUUGUAAUAACUCGUUGCCCUUGGAACUAUUGAAAUCACUGCUCCGCAGUUCUCCUUUUGUUCACUCCAUCCUGUUGAAAGACUGCUUCGAGACAGUGAAGUUGAGGCUUUUCUUUACUUAUGGCUUUUUCGGUAACCUUUUAUUAAUUCAUUUCUUGUGAAAAAAAAAAAAAUUCUUUCCCUUUUUUGUCUGGAUAUAGAAACAGUGGAUAUUGCUGAAUCAAUCUUAACCUUCAAAUUGCUAUCUUGAAGCACUCUACGUUCCUAAAUUUGCAUAUUUUAUCUUUUCUAUUAUAGGAUGAGUGUUGUUGAAUACAAAUGAGUCUGAGUGAAAAGUUUGAAUGCAAACUGCUUUUGCUCCACAUGUGAAUGAAAACCAGGACCAGUCCGAGUCAUUCUGCUCAUUUUCACACACAUGGUCUUGUCUGUGCUUGAAGUCUGCUUUUUUUAAGGACAGUUACAUACAGUAUAUCAGUCAGAUAACGCCAUGAGUGUGGCAGUGUUGAUAUUUAGGUGAAUGAUGAAAAUGUGUGUCCGUUUUUAUGCUUUUGCUUGACUGUAUUUGGCAAUCCUGUCAGUCCUUCUGCUGUACAGCAAUGAUGAGCUGUCAUGUAUGCGUCAUGACGCUCAGUGACUGAUUAAGACAAAUGUAUUCCUGUAAGGCCAAGUCAAUGAGCAAGUUAAAUAUUGGCCAGUGUUUUGCUUUGUCUCCAGUACCUGUGUUAAAGACAUUCAUUCUGUGUUUCCGUCGCAGCUCAUCUCCAUCGUUUGAUGUAAAAAAAAAAAUUCUAAAAAAAUUUAAAAAAUUAAAAUAAAGACAAACUGACCUGCACCUGUAAAUGUUGUAAUUAUAAAGUAUUGUACUAUGGCUCUGGUAAAAGCUGUAAAUUGCCCUUCAAAAGACAUUCGCCAAAAUUAAUAAAUUACUAUAUAAUAA